AUGAAGCGACUUUGCGUUAUACUUCUGUUACUAAAAAUUUUUAUCUUUGAAAAUUGUUUAUGCCAAAAAGAGGCAGAAGUGAUGUGCAAUUAUAAUUUUUCUACUGUAAAUUACAGCAUCUCCGAAACAGCUUCGUCCAGUAAGCACAAAAGUGGAAAAGCGUCGUGCGAUAAACAAGUUCUUAUCAAGGGAUUGAGUCAUAUGGGCGUCGCGAACCCCGAAGACGUGGGUAUAUUACCUAGCUCCGUGAAAAAUCUCGACGAUCUUUGCAGCAGAAUUGAAGAAGCGCUUGAGAGAAUGGUUCCCGUGGCAAUCAGCUGUGCAACAGACGAAGAAAUGAUCUAUUUCAGGACACUGUUGAUCGGUACGAUUGCUCUUAGUUCUAUGCUAUGUAACAACAACACUUUCAGGGCAGACUACAAAACGCAAGAGAAUUGUCUGAAUAAACUCUAUUGGGAUCUUGAAGACUGCGAGGGCCCAGCCCAGUGGAUUUGUAAUAAAAAUGAAACAUUCGUUUGCGACACUUACAGAAAGAUCCAAACAUGCGUCUUCCUGAAGUCGGGCGUGCUCUGUGGAUGGACGGGUGCUGCAAUCAUGAACGUAGCGCUGAGGGAAGCCACAGAUAAGAUGCUCCGCAAGAAAUGCAAAAAUGUUCGGUGCGAGCCAACCAUACCGAAAGAUAUCGUCUUUGCGACAUUUGGAUCAUCUGCCCUCUAUGUGGCAGACUUGUGCACAUUAUUUGGAGUUUUUAUUUCUUCGUUGUUCUGCUUUAUUAAUCGUGUAUAA